CCUGAAUAAAUGCACAGUACCCCAUGAGCAUUGCGCCAUGACAGUGCUCUGCUUUUUUUUAUCAGAAAAUGUCUGAUGAUUUGGAGCAGUCGAAAAAAAACAGUGCUCGACCCUCGCGGAUGACGUUCGAGGGAAAAAACGAGAGACUGAAAGAUCAAAGCAGAUGUGCAGGAGUCAGAGCUGACCUUAAAAUUUGUUUGCUGGAGAGUGACUGUUGCAAAAUACAAAAGAAAACACCGAAGGAGUGCAUUAGGACGACCGAUGGCUCUGUCCCGGAGGACUGUCAAGCCUUGAGAUACGUCCUCUACGAGUGCAAACGAUCUCUGAUCGAUGGCAGGAGACGAUUUCGAGGCCCUGUAGGUUAUUAAUUUAGAAUAUAAAUACCUGUUUAAUUAAUAUUAACACCGGAAGGAAUAAAUGAACGGAGAUAAGGUCAUGGUAAAAUGUGAA